GGCGCUGCAGCUGGAGCACUGGAUCCGAGACGUGGCUCCUAAAGCGGAAGAGUCAUGCUCGACUUCGCGAUCUUCGCCGUUACCUUCUUGUUGGCGUUGGUGGGAGCGGUACUCUACCUUUACCCGGCUUCAAGACAAGCUUCAGGGAUCCCGGGGAUUACUCCAACUGAAGAAAAAGAUGGUAACCUUCCAGAUAUUGUCAACAGUGGAAGUUUGCAUGAGUUCCUCGUUAAUAUGCAUGAGAGAUACGGGUCUGUGGUCUCUUUCUGGUUUGGCAGGCACCUUGUGGUUAGCUUGGGCACUGUUGAAGUACUGAAGCAGCAUAUUAACCCCAAUAAGACAUUGGACCCUUUUGACACUAUGCUGAAGUCAUUAUUGAAGUAUCAGUCGGGUGGCGGGGAUGCAAGUGAAAACCAUAUGAGGAAAAAAUUAUAUGAAAAUGGUGUUACUAACUGUCUGCAGAGUAAUUUUCCUCUCUUGCUAAAGCUCUCAGAAGAAUUAUUAGAUAAAUGGCUCUCCUAUCCGGAGUCCCAGCAUGUUCCCCUUUGCCAGCAUAUGCUUGGUUUUGCUAUGAAGUCUGUCACACAGAUGAUAAUGGGUAGUACCUUUGAAGAUGAUCAGGAAGUCAUUCGCUUCCAGAAGAGUCAUGGCACGGUUUGGUCUGAGAUUGGGAAAGGCUUUCUAGAUGGGUCACUUGAUAAAACUACAACUCGCAAGAAACAAUAUGAAGAUGCCAUCAAGCAACUGGAAUCUAUUUUAAAGAAAGUUAUUAAAGAACGAAAAGGAAAGAACUUCAGUCAACAUAUUUUCAUUGACUCCUUAGUACAGGGGAACCUUAAUGACCAGCAGAUCCUAGAAGACAGUGUGAUAUUUUCUCUGGCUGGUUGUAUAAUAACUGCAAAGUUAUGCACUUGGGCAAUCUGGUUUUUAACCACUUCCAAAGAAGCUCAGAAAAAAUUAUAUGAAGAGAUAGACCAAGUUUUUGGGAAGAGUCCUAUUACUCCAGAGAAAAUUGAGCAACUCAGAUAUUGUCGCCAAGUGCUUUGUGAAACUGUUCGGACUGCCAAACUGACGCCGGUUUCUGCCCGGCUUCAAGACGUUGAAGGAAAGAUUGACCAAUUUAUCAUCCCAAGAGAGGCCCUUGUCCUUUAUGCCCUUGGAGUGGUCCUCCAGGAUCCCAGCAGUUGGCCAUCACCACACAGGUUUGAUCCAGACCGAUUUGCUAAUGAAUCGGUCAUGAAAACAUUCUCCUUGCUUGGAUUCUCAGGCACACAGGAAUGCCCAGAAUUGAGGUUUGCAUAUAUGGUGACCACAGUGCUUCUGAGUGUAUUGGUAAGGAGACUGCACUUACACUCUGUGGAGGGACAAGUUAUUGAAACAAAAUAUGAACUGGUAACAUCAUCAAGGGAAGAAGUUUGGAUCACUGUCUCACAGAGAUACUAGUAUUGUGUACAUUUAACUUUGUUAAAUGGACUGAGGAAACUAACCAUUUAGAAGAUCUUGCAGUGAAUCCUUUUGUAAAUCAAGUAUCUUUUUGCAACAAACAACUAUUAGUA